AUGGCUGUUUCCGAAUCUGAAUUCUUAGCCAGUUACCCACAAACUUCUCCGCCAGGCCCUUUUACUGGCUAUCCAGGAAACUUGACUUCUGAGCAGAAAGAAGCUCUCCAGAAGUUGCACGAUGAGUUGAUAAAGGGUGGCUAUACUUUGAGAUUGGAUGAAGCUACUUUGUUACGUUUCCUCCGUGCUCGUAAGUUUGAUGUCGCUAAGGCCAAGCUCAUGUUUGAAGAAUGCGAAAAAUGGAGAAAGGAAAAUGGCGUUGAUACCAUCCUUGAAGACUUCCACUACACUGAAAAGACUACUGUUGCCAAGUUCUAUCCACAAUACUAUCACAAAACUGAUAAGGAUGGCCGUCCUAUUUAUAUUGAAGAACUUGGGUCAGUUAAUAUUACUGAAAUGUACAAGAUUACCACUCAAGAGCGUAUGAUCAAGAACUUGAUUUGGGAAUAUGAAUCUUUUGCUAACCAUCGUUUACCAGCUUGCUCACGUAAGGCCGGACAUCUUGUUGAAACCUCCUGCACCAUUUUGGACCUCAAAGGCAUAUCCAUCACCUCUGCCUCUCAAGUUUUGUCCUACGUGCGUGAAGCUUCUUACAUCGGUCAAAACUACUACCCUGAGCGUAUGGGUAAGUUCUUUCUUAUCAAUGCGCCAUUUGGAUUCUCCACCGCUUUCAGACUUUUCAAGCCAUUCUUGGACCCUGUCACCGUUAACAAGAUUUUCAUUUUGGGUUACUCUUACAAGUCUGAUUUGUUGAAGCAAAUUCCUGAAGAAAACUUGCCAGUAAAAUUCGGCGGUAAAUCAGAAGUUUCUGAGGAAGAUGGUGGGUUGUACUUGGCCGAUGUUGGCCCUUGGAGAGAAGAAAAAUAUGUUGGCAUUGAAGGUCCAGCUCCUGUUGCUGGGAAAUGA